AUGCCAGGAUGUCAGAUACGCAACGGAAUCCUCACACUGCAAGUGUGUGGUAAAGGAGGCAGCUCUGCCACCCUCUGGAAACAGGCAGAACGCACAGGAGUUGCAGCAGCAACAGCGCCUCCGAUGGCUAGACUCGCUGAUCAAGAAGGAAGAGGAGGGGCUCCCCUUCCAGCGCCACUCGAUGUCCAAGGUCAACGCUCGUAUCUAUCCGGAGAAGUUGCUGAACCAGCACCCCUGGUCACACAAGUGGCUUCCGGGCCGAGAUUGCUCUCAGCCGCAACCUCUUCUGAAGGCGCGGCGCCUCGGGUUUCCAGUGGGACUCAAGAAGAACGAAGACGUGUGUGUGUGUGUGUGUGUGUGUGUGUGUGUGUGUGUGUGUGUGUGUGUGUGUGUGUGUGUGUGUGUGUGUGUGUGUGUGUGUGUUGCAGAGUGUCUUUGAUGAAUAGCCGUUCGUUGUGUGGGCCCACUGUGGGCAUUCAGUUUGAACUAGCAGCCCAGAAGCAUGAAACGUGUGCAAGAGCUAAACGAAGCAAGUGA